UGCGGCUGCUGCGAUCGACCUAACCUCCAAAUCCGCAACUUCCUAUAUAUUUUGUGCCCGCGUGUAAACUUUUCUGUGUCCCAAAGUCUGUUAGUUACUCCUAAAAAUGAUUGGUAAUCCAGCAGUUUUCAUUGAUUCCACAGUUGAAGAUCAGGCGCUAGAACUAAGAUCAUACUUCAAAAGUCUUGGGGCUGAAAUAUCAGAAGAGAAGUCGCCAAAAGGUAUUGAAGAUGAUUUGUACAAAAUCAUUGGCGUCUGCGACACGUGUUUCAAAGAUGGACAGGAGCAGGAUGUGGAAAGUGUUCUAAAUUCAAUUGUCUCUAUGUUCGUAACGUUGCAAAUACCAAUAAGCAGAGCAGAGAACCUCAUCCUGAAUUUCUGUGAUCAAGUGAAGAAAACAUCCAGCUUCAAUCUUGGACAUGUAGGCCUUAAAGUACUCUGGCUGUUGUUCCAGUCAUUAAGUGAGGACUGCACAAUGCGAUACCAUGUGUACUUCUACUUAAUUCAAAUUGCGCAUGAUACAGACCAAAUCAAAGCAGUGUUUAAGGAUGUUGAUCAUUUAAAACAACAAUUUGCCGCUUGCCCACCUUCCAACGAACAAAUGCAGAAACUGUUGCGGGCACUCCAUGAUGUUCUCCUGAAAAGCAAACAAGGUGAGCUAGCUGCCAAAGUAAUGAUUGAACUCCUGGGAACUUACACUUCAGAGAACGCAAGCCAAGCGCGAGAGGAUGCCCAAAGGUGUAUAUUUGCUGCGCUAGCGGAUCCUAACACGUUCCUCUUGGAGCCCCUUCUAUCACUGAAGCCAGUCAAGUUCCUGGAAGGAGAACUCAUUCACGAUUUACUGAGCAUUUUUGUUUACGAAAAACUGCCCGCCUACAUCAAAUUUUAUCAAGAACACAAGGAGUUUGUCAACAGUCUAGGACUAGAUCAUAAUCAGAAUUUAAAGAAGAUGAAGCUCUUGACGUUCAUGCAACUUGCAGAGACAGAAAAGGAGAUGUCCUUCGACCUCAUCCAAAGCGAGCUUCAAAUAUCUGAAAACGAAGUGGAAGCAUUUAUUAUUGAUGUAUUGAAAACCAAGUUUGUUCAUGCAAGAAUGGAUCAAGCUGCCAGAAAAGUUCACAUCUCAAACACAAUGCACCGUACUUUUGGACGUGCCCAGUGGCAGCAACUGAGGGAUGUCUUGUAUGAAUGGAAGGAUAACCUCUCAACGGUGCAACAAAAAAUGAAACAGGUUGUUAAUAUUCCCGUAGAUGUAAUGUAAUUUUUAUUGUAAAAAGUUUCCAUUAAAUUUUUUUACUUUAAAAAAAAA